ACCGCCACUGUGACGUCGUCCAAGGUCAGCCUCUAUGGCGUCGCCGAAGGCACCCCCACCUUCACGCUGAGCCCAUCUGAACUGGAGGCGGGGCUGCUGGGUCUUCCAGGAGCGCCCAGACGCGGGCAGGUGGCCGCCGGUGGCCACAGGCCUGGGCAGGAUGGAAGCGGCCGCAGAGCGGGCGCUUCCGCGUCUGCAGCCUCUGGCCCUGCCGCCGCCACCCAUAAGCUACGAGGAGGAGCUUUACGACUGCCUGGACUACUACUACCUGCGCGACUUCCCGGCCUGCGGGGCGGGGCGCAGCAAGGGCCGGACUCGGCGCGAGCAGGCGCUGCGCUCCAACCGGCCUGCGGCUGGCGGGCACGAGCGCAAGGUCGCGCAGAAGCUCCUCAAUGGCCAGCGCAAGCGCCGCCAGCGCCAGCUGCAACCCAGGCUGCGCACUCGCCUCACCUGAGCCUGGGAUACCGAAGGACCUGUUCGAAGUAUUUACUGUAACUCCAACUGUAACUUGGUUCUGAGGAGGAGAGAAUCCAUGCUUGGUCAACAGAACUUUUCGCUGUCACUUAAGUUUACUGCUUCGAUAUCUUUUCCUUACUAAUUGAUUGUUAAUUAAGUAGUGCCCAAGUGGAUUAGCCUUUUUAGGGUUUAUUAAUUAAAAGAGAGCAGCAAGAAUGGCA